AUGUCAAAACCCACACUGAUCCAGCGCCUGCUCAACCAGCCAUCUCAGAAAUAUGCAGACUUGCCGCAAAGGCAGCGGAAAGAUUAUUUCUCGAGUGCGGGGUCGAUGCGCCGCAUAGCUGCUUCGGAGGCAUUUCAAACGGAGCAGAUUCGGACCCACAGCCACCUCGGAGACCCACCGUCACCGUCCCUUGUCGAUGACACGAGGCGACCCAUAGCCUUGUCUUCAGAUUUUACGCUCAGGAUUCAUAAAAAGGCAACAAUGGCGACGACGUCUGGGACGACGUCCAAAGCCCCGACUGCUAAUGGGCACCCCGCUUCGACAUCCAGCAGCGGCAGGCAGCGGGAUUCACUGCCGCCUCGCUCAAGAGCAGGGCUUGGAGCGACUAAAAUGACCUCGCCGCCCUCCAUAUCCUCUGUGGUCACAGCCAGAACGUCUAGCAGCGGCCCUGGAGGCCGUUCAACCCAACCACGGGCCCCACAGCUCCAGCAAAAUCCGAAGCGACAUUCAUCCCAGUCUCAGCGGAACUCACGCCAGCGACAACUCAUCAUCAGCGACGAUGACUCGGAUGACCUGGACGGUUUCGAUUCAUCAGGGGAUGACGAGUUCGACAUUUUCUUCACCCCUAACCAAACGCCCCGUACAUCCAUGGCGAGCAGUUCAAUUGCUUUUCCUAGCAAGAGGGGAAGCGUCGGCUCCAGCCUGCAACCCAGGAAGGCGAGCAGAAAGAGCUUACGUAGCCCGACCCCCACCCAAAUCACACCCACGAAUUCUAAUAGCCCUUCUAUCCCGGGGGGUAUUCAAAACGGCCAUGUGGUGCAGUCCCAGCCGUCCCAGCCCCCAGCGCAGGCUCAGAAUCACGCUCAGAAUCAGCCACGGGUGGAUCAACAUCUGCCAAAGCAGCAGCCGCUCGGCUCUAGCGCUAGUGCUUCUGCGUUGUUGCAGCAACAGCAUCAAAGAGUAGCCAGUGUGAAUCGAAAGGUUUCCAACCCAAUCCCCAGCUCCGGCGUUUACCCUUCAUCCCACCAGAGGAGAGCGUCAGGACCAGACGCACCUCUACAGCGACAGAGAAGACCCUCGAUCCCUUCUGCACCCCCUCAGACCCAGAGUCAGCAGCGGAAGCCUUCAGUUCCCUCGACGACAACAACACCUACCCAAUUGGACCAGCUUACAGCACAACAACAACAGCUAGCUAAUUCUACCGGUAGCUCUACACGUACACACUCACGCACCCCAAGUGCAGCCACAAAUAUCAAGGGCGCUUCCACUCCUAGCACCUCUGCGUCCUUAUCUCGCGCUUCGUCGCUCAACCAAAAGCCACCCUCCGGCUCAUCCUCCCGAACGCCCCAGCCUCCCCUCCUCCAUCAUCCAGACUCCGUGCCAAUCACCAAACCCCACCCUAACCCCACACGUAUAACCUCGACCGCCCCCUCCAAUUUUUCCCUCAGCUCUACCUCGCUUGAGAAUCACUCUGACAUUUUCACUGCUUCCGGGCGCGGGAGUGAGGAAGGAUUGACCGAUUCGACCGCUAUGACAUCGCCCGUCAACUCCGAUGGGAGAGGCCACAAAGGAAAGUCUUCCAAAUCCAAGGCGACUAGGUCGACGAGGUUACCUGCGAGUUACCACACGUUCAGCGGUGCUACUGUGCAACCCCAGCAUAGGAGGGCUAACAGUGCCAGCAACGCGCCUGAGCUACCGCAGCGGGAUUACUCGUAUACCGAGGAUGACUGGGCGAAGGAUGUCAAGUGGUUGGUGGGCUCCAUCGUAACCGGAUCCUCGGAAAACGUCAAUGGGAGUGCGAUGCCGAACGGGAAGACAGACCUGAAGAGAAGCGGGAGUUCUACGAGCAAGAGAGAGUCGGAACGAAGCUCUCUGGGACUUGGACGGCCCUUGAGUCUCACCGGAAAGUCCAAAGCCAAAGAUGAGGAAGGUAGUGUAGAUAAAGGGAAAGGCAAGGCGAGGGAAGACGACGGGAAGGACGACGCUGAUGGCAAGAAGAAGAAAAGGAAAAGCGGGAAAGUUGAACGAGAUGUCGUCUACUACACAGCGACGAAUGGCAUGCCAAGGCCACCUCCACCUUCGGAUUUCCAAGGGAAUGGUGCUGCUGUUGGAAGUUCGAGCGCCCAUCCUAUCCAACUACCCUAUCAGCUUGGUCCAGUCCUGGAGGAAGAAGAGGGUCUCGGUUUACGAGACAACAGAUUAAGCGUCGUACUCGAAGGAGAGGAAGAGCCCCUCACACCGAAACUACCUAACGGAAACCUCACCCCCGUCAGAAACUCCAUCGCUACCAAGAGCUCAGGAACCAAACCCGACGGCAUCAAAAGACGCAAGUCUAGGUCAAUAGGUGACGCCGACUUCGAGAAUUCGAUGGUCAUCGUCGAGAAGCCCGACGCCCAGAUUCAAGAAGAGGAACUCCCGCGACAGACGUCGGUGGUUUCGUGGGCGGAUGACUACAAGUCCAUCCUGGCUCGAACCAAGGCCGGGAAAGGCAACCUCAGCCCCAGCUCAGCGUAUACCUCAAGCUACCUCUCCAAUCCCUCGACGAGUCAAAGCAGCUUCGCAUACCACAACGCCAUCCCAGUCUCCAAUGGAGAGCUGCCUUCGCAUGGCACGCCAGGGUUCACUUCUCUACACCUUCCUCGCGCCCCGCAAAGCAUCUUUGCCAAAGACAGCCCAGGCUGGAAGAGCCUCUUAUCCAACAACUCCGGUCAUCCGCAAACGAUGAUCCCCCCUAUGCAACAAGGCGCAAGCCCCCUUAGCGGCAAGGUUGAUCUAACUCGCGGUGGGAUCGCUCACACGACGAUGACAAGCGUUGAAGUUGUGCGCGGAAUAGCUGGCGUCGGAGUCCGUGGCCGCUCCAACAAGAAUGGCUUUAAGGGCAUGUUGAGCAACCUCGGAGGCGGAGGACAGUCCCCGAAGAAGAAGGGUGUUCUGGGUAGGGGAUUGAGCUUUAGUGGGAGGCUGAGGAAGCGGAGUGAGGAUAUCUACGGCACGAUGCGGGCAGGGAAGCUCUCGAUUGGGUCCAUGGCUGAGGACCCUCGUGAGCAGGCUAUGGCGACGAUAUCGGCUGAGAGAGUACUUGGGUUUACGGGCUAUAGGAGACCGCCAACUCACGUCCCCAGCGGGAGUGUGCUGGUGCAGGUAUGGGCUGUGGCCGUGGACGGAGUGGAUGGAAAGCUUGUCGGGCUGAGGUUGGGAACUGCGAAGCCGCGGAAGGAGGACCAGCAGGUUCUGGAAGGUGCACCAUUGGUGGAUGAACCAGAGGAUGAAGAAAGGUGGCGAGGAGAGCAAACUGAGUUGCGAAGAGACUGA